AUGGCCUUUUCAUUACCAAAUAUUGACGAGUGCUCAAUUACCCCUGGCGUCUGUCAACAUAUCACAUAUAGUAUCUGCAAGAAUUCACCUGGUUCUUAUCAUUGUCAGUGCAAUUCAGGUUACACAGGAGUAACAUGUCAAGAUAUAAACGAGUGUAUACCAGACACGGGUGUCUGCAAGAGCACAGCUAACAGUCACUGCAACAACACUCCUGGCUCAUAUCAAUGUCUUUGCAGGACUGGAUACACAGGUUCACCAUGUCAAGAUAUCGAUGAGUGCACACAUGAUAAGGGUGUUUGCAACGAUAUUGCUAACAGUCAAUGCAACAAUACACCUGGAUCAUAUCAAUGUGUUUGCAAGUCUGGCUUUACAGGAACACCUUGUAAAGGCAAGCCGUCAACAACUUUCAUGACGAUAUCACCAGGAACCAUCAGCACCUUUCAGAGCACGACGUCUCAUACCACCACCUAUAUUGUCGUGGCAGCAGUAGCUUCUAUCCUGGCAGUAGCUCUGGGACUUACGGCCCUAGUCUGCUGUGUGAAGAACAGGAAACUGUCCAGAAUGAAAAGUAGAGGAGGUGAUCAAGCGCUGUAUAGAUGUUCUACAACACCCAAAUCACGUCUAAGCCAGAUUGAUGCUGUCACACUGACGACAAAUGAACUGUAUACCUUACCAGCAUGCGCAUCGGAAGUGCACAACAGUGCGUGCACGAUCGGAAACUCAAACGCGAACAGCACAGUGUCUUCCAGCUGUACUAGCCAGGUUGGCAUGACCUUGAAUCCUGUGUAUGACGACAGUGCACUACAUGUACCACUGGCCGUGAGGCUAAGCAACACCACAAAUCCAAGUGACAAUGGAUACGAGGAGGUAGAUAUUUGCUCAAAGACUUGACACACAUCGCAGGUUUGCAAGAGAAAAUCCUUAUCCACCUUACUUGGCGUUCAAUUCCCCAACAGGAUUUGUGAUAGAACGAUUAUCUUUUCGGCACCUCUCCACAUUCCUCCACGGAUACAAAUCUUAUCACACAAGCAGGACCGCUCUUUUGAUUACGUGCCUUCAGCUGAGAAACGGAACACUGAUUGUUUACAUUAUUGUCCUUCGUUAAAUAGAUAUUAAUUUUAUGUUCUUUGACAUUUCUGAUUUCGCCGUGUCUUCACCCUUAUCAUGACAGAUUGUUGCCAUAUAUUGUGCAUGUUAUUUCUGGGCAAGCGUCCUAGAGGCAUGUACGUAUUUUCGUCAUUUCCUGUACUCGAUUUGUCAACCACGACUACGGUAUAGCGGACACAAGAGUAUUGAAUCCUCACGAUCACACAAUUUGAAUUCGAUUUACUAAGCAUAACAUGCCGUCACUGCUUGUUGUGCAUCCACAUUCAAUUGCUGAUCUGUUCGCUUCAUCUUUUUCUCCUUUGUCUUUUUCUUCUUUGCGAUUUGGAUAUGUGAUGCUUCAGUAAAAACCAGUGAAUAAUACAAGUGUGUA